AUGUCCUCGGCGCCGUCUCCGGGGACUACUCCCUCACCUUCUCCGCCUGCUCCUCCUCCUUCCAACUCAACCACAACUCCUCCUCCCACCACCACUCCUUCUUCUCCUCCGCCGCCAUCUACUCUUCCCACAUCUCCGCCUCCGUCUUCUCCAACCACUCCUUCACCUCCUUCUCCUUCUCCUCCGUCACCAACCACUCCUUCAACUCCUCCUCCUGACCCGUCUCCCACCACACCAGCCACCCCAUCUCCAUCUCCGCCGUCUCCAACCACACCUCCUCCUCCUGGAUCCACCCCUCGAACCCCUUCAUCUCCAAACUCAGGACCACCAUCAAACCCCUCUCGAAACCCAUCACAUUCUUCGCCGUCGCCGCCGUCUUCCUCUUCCGACGGGUUAUCAACUGGAGUGGUCGUUGGAAUCGCAAUCGGAGGAGUCGCUCUGCUUAUUGCACUUACACUGAUCUGUCUCCUUUGUAAGAAGAAACGACGGAGAAGAGACGAUGAAGCUGCUUACUACGUUCCUCCUCCACCUCCUUCCGGUCACAAAGCUGGAGGACCUUACGGUGGACAGCAGCAAUACUGGCAGCGACCAAACUCAUCACAACCGUCAGAUCACGUUGUGAUGUCACUCCCACCACCACCAGCACCGCCAAAACCUCCCUCUCAACCGCCUCCGCCGCCUCCACCACCGCAUUUCAUGAGCAGCAGCGGCGGUUCCGACUACUCAGACCUUCCGAUUCUUCCUCCACCGUCUCCAGGGCUUGUGUUAGGCUUCUCCAAAAGCACUUUCACUUACGAGGAGCUAGCGAGAGCCACCAAUGGCUUCUCUGAAGCUAAUCUGUUGGGGCAAGGAGGGUUUGGUUACGUGCACAAAGGUAUAUUGCCUAGUGGGAAAGAAGUGGCUGUGAAACAGUUGAAAGUUGGGAGUGGUCAGGGAGAGAGAGAGUUUCAAGCUGAGGUUGAGAUCAUUAGCAGAGUUCACCACAAGCAUUUGGUUUCUCUUGUUGGCUAUUGUAUGGCCGGUGCUAAAAGACUGCUUGUCUAUGAGUUUGUUCCUAACAACAAUCUUGAGUUUCAUCUCCAUGGAAAGGGACGGCCUACGAUGGAAUGGAGCACAAGAUUGAAGAUUGCCCUUGGUUCUGCUAAAGGACUUUCAUAUCUUCAUGAAGAUUGCAAUCCUAAAAUCAUUCACCGUGAUAUCAAGGCGGCGAAUAUACUGAUGGAUUUCAAGUUUGAAGCUAAGGUUGCUGAUUUUGGUCUUGCCAAGAUUGCUUCUGAUACAAACACUCAUGUAUCUACACGUGUGAUGGGAACUUUCGGGUAUUUGGCUCCGGAAUACGCUGCAAGUGGAAAGCUCACAGAGAAGUCUGACGUUUUCUCAUUUGGAGUUGUGCUUUUGGAGCUCAUAACCGGACGUCGUCCUGUUGAUGCAAACAAUGUCUAUGUAGAUGACAGCUUAGUUGACUGGGCAAGACCUUUGCUUAACAGAGCAUCUGAAGAAGGAGACUUUGAAGGUUUGGCUGAUACAAAGAUGAACAAUGAGUAUAACAGAGAAGAGAUGGCUCGCAUGGUUGCUUGUGCUGCAGCUUGCGUUCGCCAUUCAGCUCGCCGUAGACCUCGUAUGAGCCAGAUUGUGCGUGCGUUGGAAGGAAACGUAUCGCUGUCAGAUUUGAACGAAGGGAUGAGACCUGGACACAGCAAUGUGUACAGCUCGUAUGGAGGAAGCACUGAUUAUGACUCGAGCCAGUACAAUGAGGACAUGAAGAAGUUUAGGAAAAUGGCACUUGGAACUCAAGAGUACAAUGCGACCGGCGAGUUCAGUAAUCCGACGAGUGAGUAUGGACUGUACCCGUCUGGUUCGAGCAGCGAGGCUGGCCAAACUACACGAGAGAUGGAGAUGGGGAAGGUUAAAAGAACAGGUCAAGGUUUUGCUGGACCUUCUCUUUAA